AUGAUGUGUUCAUCUUCAUUUCGAAAAUUAGUCUUUUUCAUGGUCUUAUAUCGUUCAUUCAUAGAUUGUAAUAUCAUUCCAAAAGCAGAGCUCAAAGGGCAUGAAAUAGUUGUUGGAAAGGCUUUUAAUUACAAAUGGAAUGAAGGAGCUAAAUCUUAUGAACUUGUUACAACAGAGAGCCAUAAAGUUCCUCUUCGAGACCUUCGUAGCAUGGACGAAAAACCGAAUUUAAAGACCGAUGGAUUUACCUAUGUUUCUGAUAGACCUACCAUAGAUGGGGCAGAUUUUAAGAAGCAAAAGGGUAGAAAUAAACUCAAACCUUUUUUGGAAAAAGACUCUAUUCAACUUGUAAAGGAUUUGACAGGAUCAAAAUCGGCAAUCGCAUUUGGGAGUGUUUAUAGAGACGCAUCUUCAGUCGGAACUAACGAGAUAAUUCCAGCUAUACACUCUGAUAUGUCACCAGAAGGAGCCAUUUAUUUUAAAACAGGAUUUCAACAAAAACUAUUGGCAUCAAAGGAUCCAAGCGAGGUUAAAUUUGGACAAAAGAUGAAGAAAGGUAAAGAUGUGAUGAUUUUGAACGUUUGGAGGCCACUCAAAAUUGUUCAGGAUAAUCCGCUUGGAAUUUGUAAAUGGAGUUCACUUUUGAAACAAGAUGCUAUAAACUUUGAUAGAAAAAUUGAGGCAACAAAUGCGUUAAAUUCAUUUCAAGCAUGGAAGUAUAGAGAAGGACAGCAAUGGUUUUAUAUAUCUCAGCAAACACCGGAUCAGGCCUAUAUAUUCGUGCAGCAUGACAGUAGAGAUGGACACGGGAUCAAUGUUCCUCAUGCUUCGUUUACCUUGGAAGACAAGCAGGCCAGGAAACCUACUCGAAUUAGUUUUGAGACUAGAAUUGUUGCACUUGUUGAUUCACCAUCGCAAGGAGGAAAAUUUUCAUUGGAGUGA